GACACCAGACAAGAUGGGUACCAGUGUUCGUAAGUCGCUCUUCGGGAUUCUUUUCCUCCGUUAUUUCGCGUUUGCAUCAACAGUCCAGAAAGAAAUCCCAGCUGUGUCUGGACAGAACAUCAAUGUGACGUGUCGAGCUCCAAACAACAACACAAUCACAGCUGCAGAGUGUAAAAGAUCUGACCUGGGAGAUAUAUAUAUGUUUUUGUAUCGGCAAAAUCACAUCGAUACCAAUGACCAGCAUCCAUCUUUUAAGAACCGGGUGGAUCUGCAGGACAGACAGAUGAAGGAUGGAGACGUGUCUUUAAUUCUGAAGAAUGUGACGAUCAAUGACACUGGAACAUACGAGUGUUGUGUCUCCAUUAAAGAAACAAGCUUGUGGGAAUCUUUCUGCAACUUCACACUCACUGUUGUUGAUCCUCCAGGUCAGACAGGAGGAGACACAGAGGAUGGAGGGAAGAAGGAUGGAGGGAAGGAGGAUGGAUCUGUUGGACUGAAAGUUGUCUGUGCUGUUGGGGCUAUUGUUGCUGCUGCUGUUGUUGUUGUUGUUGGUUUUCUGAUCUACAGAAAAGUUAAACCAAACAAAUACCAGCCUGCAGUUAAACUUCAGCCUGUUUGAAAUGUUUCAGUUUUUCCAGCUGAUCUGAGUCUCCCAGAGGACAGUUGAGGAUAUCCUGAAAUUAAUUUUCAUGACCUCGCUUUUCUUCUCUGUCUGAGCACUCAAAGCGCUUUAUACAACAAAUUCAUUCACACAAGCACUUCUUCCAAUCUCUUAAGUGCUCAAUCUAACAUUCAUACACAUUCACACUCUGAUGGAUGCAUCGGAGAGCAACAUGGGGUUAGUAUCUCGCCCAAGGAUAUUUGGCAUGCAGACUGGAGCAGCCUGGGAUCGAACCACCGACCUUCUGGUUAGCGGCCACCUGAUCUACAGCCCGCCUUCCUGUAGGGAAAUUCAUGUGUCCCAGGACUCACAGGUGAUUGGCUGGCCAGGGACCUAUGCCCGCCCAACUGCAUUCAGAUCGGAGUGUGCCAGUCCACACACACCAUUGGCUGCUGCGGGAUCCUCAAACGCAGCGGACCAAUGACGCGGCUUCCUGCGUUUACCUAGGAAUACAAAAGGCUGUCCAGCAAACAUUUUCCCAUUUUAUUUUUACAUUUCCA